GGUCGUGGCCCACGUGUCCUGCGAGCUGGUGGUGCCUAAAGAGAACCGUCCGAACGAGGGGAUCAUGAUCUUCAACAUUGAGCUGUCACCGAUGGCCUCGCCGGCGUUCGAGCAGGGCAGACCGUCGGAGCUGUCGGUGAAGCUGAACCGACAGCUGGAGAGAUGUCUGAGGAACUCCAGGUGCAUCGACACCGAGUCCCUGUGUGUGGUGUCCGGAGAGAAGGUGUGGAAGAUCAGAGUGGACGUUCACACGCUGAACAACGACGGGAACCUGAUGGAUGCUGCCAGCAUCGCCGCCAUCGCCGCUCUGAGCCACUUCAGGCGACCUGACGUGGGGGUCCAGGGGGAGGAGGUGACGGUGUUCAGUGCAGAGGAGAGAGAUCCCAUUCCUCUGAGUAUCUACCACAUGCCCAUCAGCAUCAGCUUCGCCUUCUUCCAGCAGGGAACCUUCCUGCUGGUGGACCCGUGCGAGCGGGAGGAGCAAGUGAUGGACGGCUUACUGAUGAUCGCCAUGAACAAACACAGAGAGAUCUGCUCCAUCCAGUCCAGCGGGGGCAUCAUGCUGCUCAAAGAACAGGUUAUGAGAUGCAGUAAAAUAGCCAGCGUGAAGGUGUCUGAAAUCACAGAGCUCAUCAACAAAGCCCUGAUGAACGACANGAAGGCAGGCAGCAAGUGUGGUUUUGCAGAGUCCAUGCCUCAGGAACGAAUCACCGCUCUGAAAACGGACCAGACUGAGGUGGAGAUGACAGACGUGAGCGAAAGAGCCAGCGACAUCCUUCAGAACGCAGAAGCCCCGCCUCCAACGGUGCCGUCACCUGUGGUACCAGUACCAGGUGUGGGACAGAUAGGACAGGGUCAGCUGAGCACCUGGGGGCUGGAGGAGGAUGAGGAGCAGGAGGAAGAAAGCAAUGGAGAGGAAGAAGUGGUAAAGAUGGAGGAAGAACAGCAAGCAAAAGACAAGACACCAAAAGCUGUAGUUGAGAUAUCUGACAGUGAAGAAGAGGAGGUGGUCAUACUUUAUCCCGAGACAACAAAAAAAGCAAAAGCAAAAAAAUCAGGAUCCAACUCUGACCAGAAGGGGGCAGCAACAUCCAAGAAACGGCAGAAAAAAUAACCCAUUGAAUAUCUGAAGACAUCAAGGAAGAGAAAUCUGUUAAAAACAUAUAAUUUUAAUAAAAUAUAAACACAACAUCAACCAAAUAAAUAUAUUUUUAGAUCUCCUCAAUUUUGUGUUGAAAU